AUGGAAUAUAGAGAAGAAGAUAUUGAAAUGGAUGAAGUUAAUGAAGACUAUUAAGAGAUCAUAGGUGCUUCAAAACAGCAUUCUAUAGAUGAUGAAUCUCAACUAUCUAGCUUUCAGUCAAUGAGAGACUAAGGAGAUGAUUUUUGGAAGAUAUAUCAAUCUGACUAUUUAGAUGAAGGCUAAAUAUCAGUCAAACUUGGAGUGGGACUUGACAGUAACUUUGAGUAGCAGGAAGAACCUCCAUUUAUCAUUAGAGAAGGCCACGGAAGAGUUCAAUCCCAUUGUGCUAUAUGUAGCACAUAUUUCAGGCCAGAUGACCUUACUGCUUAUUGUCUCUCUUCGUGCACUAAAUUUGAAGCUAAAAAUUUAGACUAUCACUUGUUUUGUCUUCUCUAGUUUUCACUAGAAGCAUUCCCAAUUUAAACCCAUCAUUUGAUCUGCAUAGAAUGUUCAAGUAACGCACGAAAGAAAAAAUAAGCUGGAGUGGGGUUUAAGGUCUGCGCUAUAGUUGAUGAAAAGGUUCAACUUCAUGUGCAAAUAGAUAAUAAUCAAAGCUUAAAUGCAACAAGAAUGCUUCAAAGCAGUCUCAGAUCAAAGAACUAAAAGGUUACAAUGAGCAGCUAUUAUACGUGGUAUGCAUGGAACAUUGUAGCUAUGUAGCCUGAGUUUAAAAAAGCCAUUCUAUACUAUCAUAACAAAAAGGGCUUCAAUAGACUCUAUGUUAAAGCUAUGCAAAACUAUUGUUUGUUAGAGUAAGCUAAGUAGAAACUUGUCAAUCAUAAAAGAUAAGAAGUUGUAAGGUAAAUAAAUGACAAAAUAUUCAAGCAAAUAAUUGAGAAUUUGGAUCAGACAGGCUAAAAGUAGAUAAGGACAUUGUUUUAUCAUACAGACAUUAGAGAAGAGGAAUGGAAGCUUGACUUGGAGGAAGUAUUUAAGAGUAUGCGACAGCAGAUAGCUCUUUAGAUGCUCGUAUUAUUAAAUGAUCAGUGCUUGAUGUACAUGAGUAACAAGGAUUUAAGAGAGUUGAUAUAUGUUUAAGAGAUGGUUGAGAUGUAAUAAGAGAUGAAAAAAUAAUGA